UCAAAUACUUGUUCUCCCCACUGUAUUCUUCCUGCCAAAAACAGCCAGGAACAGACAAAUACCGUUUUGUGUUAGACUUACAGACAAUAAAUGUGUAUGAUUGCUAAAUUUCCAGUGGUGCCCAACCCAGCUACUAUCCUGUCGUCAAUCAUGGCUAACACAACGUUCUACACAGUGGUUGACAUUUUUCAUAAUUUUUCUGUGCCUAUACAUCCAGACUCGCAAUACCUUUUUGCAUUUACAUUUAUUGGGUCAGCAGUACACUUUCACAAGACUGCCACAGGGAUUUUGUGACAUUCUCUCUUUCUAUGGACAAUGUUUAAAGAAAGACUUGGCUGAUGUUGUUUUCUCUCAAGGCAGUACUCUCAUUCAGUGUGCCGAUGACCUGCUGACCUGACCACAGAGAGGUCUGUACUGCUGACUCCAUGGUACUGCUCCAAGCACUGGCUGUGAAGGGCCACAAGUUAUCCAAAUCAAAGUUGCAGUGGUGUUCUCCUACUGUGAAAUAUCUGGGACGUGUUACAAGCAGAGUAGUAGCCAUCAAGGACCACCCAAACAGCAAAGCACGGAUGCGGUCAUUCAUUGGGAGGGCGGGCUACUGCCGGCCCUGGAUACCAGACUUUGAUAUCAUGGCACGCCUUCUCAUUGACUCAUAUACUCAGGAUGCCCCAAACAACACUGUGUGGACUGAGGAGAAAAUUGACUGUUUCAAUGGAUUGAAAGCAGCACUGAUGUCUGCUCCAGCAUUGGGAUUACCUGACUAUAACCUCCCUUUCAUGUUAGCAGUGGCUGAGAAAGGGGGGUUCGCACAAGGAGUAUUACUACAGGAUCAUGGAGGACAACGAAGGCCAGUGGCUUAUUACACAGCUGUAGGCUGUGGCUUGUGGUCUACCUCCUUAUUACUCCUUACAGCUGGAUUCUGUGGCUCGUGGACUACCUCCUUGUCUGCAUACAGUUGCAGUGGCCACUGGAGUAUUGGAUGGCUCUUCACCGAUAGUGCUGGGUUGUCCACUUACACUGUUAGUCCCACAUUCUCUGGACAACAUUCUAUCUACCUCACUCUCGUCUCACAAGAGGUUCCAGAGAAUCCAGCCUAUCGAGGGUCGGUGUCCAGAAGUCCAUCGAGAGAGGACCAUCUUCCAGACAUUUCAGCGGUUCCAGAGAUUCCAGCGGAUUCUACCGACGAGACGAGUGACCGUGAUGCAAUCAGACGGGCAGAUCUUUCAACUGAUCAAGUUUGGUGCCAUGCUGGCAUUUCCCUGCAUGUUCCUGACAGCAUGGAUGCUGCAUCUAUGGGAGACCAACACAAUGAUUCCUUUUCAUCCUCUUAUGGAUGACCACUUGCUUCUGUUCCUGAUGUUAAACUGAACAGCAGAAGUUGAAUUCUCUCACCAAUAAUGUCAUGCCCAAACCAA